GCUGCGACUGAUUUUAAUGUGUAUCUAUGUUCUACAAGUUCCUCUUUCCCUGCGUGACAAACAAGCUCCUGUGGUGCUGCUGAUCGAUGUUGAUCUAGAGGAUAAACCCUGUUUAUGUGUUGGAUUAGAGAGUGAGUGUGUUGUAGGGGCUUGUGUCAGAGAAGAUCUCUGUACUCAUGGAUUGCUUUGACGGAUCCCCUGGGCAGUUCAGGAACUUCAAGAAGGACGACUUUGAGGCUAACUGGAUUAAGGUGGCAGAAUGCAGAUUGGGUCAGGUAUACCAGGUCAAGCUCAAACUUUGGCGGGAAAAGUGUGCCCUGAAAACCUUUGACACAACCUUGUGUGCAAACAACGUUUACAGGAGAAUAAUAGACGAGGCGUCCAACAUAGCCAAAGUGAAAUUCAAGUACAUUAUGUCUAUCUAUGGACUGUGCAGUGAAGCGAAUGCUGUGGUGAUGGAGUACAUGAGUAAUGGAUCGCUGAACAAUCUCCUAGCCAGUCACACUUUGAUGUGGCCAAAGAAGUUCCAGAUGAUUCAUGAAGCCUCACUGGGCAUGAAUUUCCUUCACAGUAUGAAACCUCCACUCCUCCAUCUUAACCUUAAGACGUCCAACAUCCUAGUAGAUGAUCAUCUCCAUGUCAAGAUUUCAGAUUUUGGUUUAAUCCGAUGGGAAGAGGGCAUGAACAAGAAGUUGUUCAUGGAGCAUCUAACAGCAAGAGGGAACAUAAGUUACAUUCCUCCUGAGACGUUCACUCAGUGCCCUGAUCCUCCAGGAACUACCUUUGAUGUUUACAGCUUUGGAAUUGUGAUGUGGGAGAUUCUGACACAGCAGAAGCCAUAUGCAGGGUGCAGUGUGACCACAGUGCUCUUACAGGUAUCACAAGGAAAGAGACCCUGUCUGGAGAUGAUACCUGAACAGAAGCCCCGUGAGUGUGAUCAGAUGAUCAGUAUCAUGCAGCAGUGCUGGGACCAGGAUCACAGGAAGAGGCCACAAUUCUCAGACACUGCGAUGAAAACCGAGGCUCUGAGUGAAGUCCUGAAGGUUCCAGGACCAAUCCAUUGCCACAAAAACAAUGACAAGCAGCAGACACCAGAUUACUCUUGGCUGGUUCCCCCAAUUCAUAAAAUUUCCUUGCCUCAGAUGCCUGACCUUCCCUCAGAUGACCAGCGUGCCACGGACAGCAUUCUCUCUCUGUUGUCCAACAAGGACUUUGGUGGUUUCAGACAGUCUGUGAAAAGAGAACACGUAUACACACAGUUUUCAGGGAAAAAGAGCCUCCUUCACUACACGGUAGCCAGCGGGGAUGCAGAGAGUGUCAAGCAGGUUCUGAGUCUGGGUGCUGAAGUGAACUGUACGACUGCCAAAGGUUACACUCCUCUUAUAGUUGCUGUUCUACACAGCCUUCACGACAUCAUCUCUCUGUUGCUGGAACAUGGUGCAUCCGCCACCCAGGGAGAUGAGGAUGAGUGGACAGCGCUACAUUUUGCUGCUCAGAAUGGGGAUGACAGAACUGUACGUCUCCUUUUGGACAAAGGAGCUGUGGUGGAUGCCCGGGAAAAAGCCGGUUGGAUGCCCCUCCAUCUGGCCUGCCAGAACGGCCAUGAAACAGUGGUGCGCCUGCUGCUUUCACGGCUGUCAAAGGAAGCAGUCGGAGAAAGAGAGGAUUCACAAGGGAGGACGCCGCUCCACCUAGCCUCCGCCUACGGGCAUCUGAAUAUUGUCAAGCUCCUCCUCUCUCAGGGAGCAGAUCCCAACGCUACUGACUGCUCUCUCUCCACUGCUCUUCACCUAUCAGCUGAGGACGGCCAUAACAGAGUAGUGAGACAGCUGGUGAAGAGUGGGGCGAGUACUGACAGUGCAGACAACAGAGGAUACACUCCACUUCACCUGGCUGCUCUGAAGGGCCAUACAGGCAUAUGCAGGCAGCUGUUGUCAAAUGGCUCCAACCCAGACUCCAGGACCCUCCAAGGCUGGACUCCCAUGCACCUGGCUGCCCUGAAGGGUCAUGAAGCCACGGUGGUCCAGCUAGAGAAUCAGGGUGGUUGUGUGAAUGCUAGAGGCGAGAAUGGAUGGACCCCUCUCCACCUUGCCUGCCACCAAAGCGAGCCAGAAGUGGUGGCAAAGCUCCUGGCAGCCAAAGCAGACCCAAACGUGACCGAGGAUAGUGAAGGAUGGACACCUCUGCACGUGGCCUGUACCAGCAUCAGUUUCCCAAGUGUCCUCCACUUAAUAUCCCAUCAUGCAGAUGUCAAUGCUGUAAACUCAGGAAAGACGACCCCUUUACACCUGGCUGCCCAACAUGGCUGUGUUCCAAUUGUAAAGGCUCUACUGCUGAAUGGAGCAGACAGGACACUGCUGGAAUCUACUGGAUCCACAGCUCUGCUUGUGGCCCAGAGGUGUGAAAAAUGGGAAAUAGUGCAACUUCUCGAAAAGGGAUGUGAAACAUAACCAUAGUUCUGGGUAAAGCAAUUUGAAUGGCAGGAUUACAGUUCAAUGAAAACAUCAAUGACACAGCUGGAGUAUUAUCCUCCUUUUGAGUGGGGCUUUUAAUAAGCAGCUUAAAGCAAGAUUUUGAAAAUAGAUUUAAAUGUCUUAUAAUUUUUCUCAGAAAUACAUCAUUAUACUACACAACUGAAAUGCACAAAGAGUAUUUGCUCCAUUGUAUCUGUCUUGCAUGCUCAGAACAGAUUUUUUUUUCCUACCAAUUUUUCUUACAUAUAUUUGAAAAGCCCCCUUUCAUCAAAUCACUGUAUAAUUAUGAUUUGAUUAUAAAUUGCCUAUUGGUAUUUUGGUUUAAAAUGAAAGGAUUUUUUGGUCUAAUUUUUCUCGUAAUUGUCGUUCUGUAAGUUACAAGAAGAGUACUAUAUAAGGUCUUGCCAUUGAUCAAAUCAAUGGCAAAAAAUCAGUCAACACAUGGGGUCAGAGUCAGGUGAAGUAGACUAUAAUGACAAAAUGCAUAUUGAUUCUCUUCUUUGAAUCACCUUGCUUCUUAAUGUGUGCUUUCCUGGUGAAUGGCAUUAACACUGCUGCCACAUGUGGAUGAAAAUGAGAAUAUAAAACAGUAAUGACUCACAGAGAGAUUCAUUUUGAUUAAACCUGUCAAACUUUAUGAAGGUACUGUGUGUCCAAUAAUCAAGUUUAAAAAGUGAUGCUAGAACUCCUGCAUCUCUGUUACUGACAUUAUUUAACAGCAUUUAUUGGAUUUUUCCAAAUUAUGAGUGCAUAUAUGUUUUAUGACAAGGCAAGAUAACUCUGAUUACCAGUCAUCCCCUGCUGACUGAGGGAAGCACUGCCCAGCUUGUGCCACGCUCAUUUACCAUAGUGACACCUUAUUAAACUGAAAUAAAAUGCAUGGAUUCAGGAGCUGUAUUGACCUACAUGUUCACAGGGUGUUCCCUGAAACCACAAGAGACUGACUCUGAUGGAGGGGCGGGAGCUGAGCUGAAUUAAAUUACUGUAAGUGAACAAGGCAGAGUUAAAUUGGACUUAGACUGAGCUGACUAGCUCUUUAGUUGCUAAGUGAAUGUCUGCCUUUUAAAUAGUUAUUUUAUUCUAAAAUGUAUGUUUUUUUUUUCUCCAUGACUUGUUUUAAGUCAUGGAGGAGAGUCAUUGCUUUCUAAGUAUAUCCUGGUACUAUCUGUGUGGUGCUUUUUAUGUUUGUAUCUCAGUGUUAGGUAUUUUUUAAUGUUUGUUUGUCAACACAGAACCAUUCUCUUCUAAUCCCAGGGGGAUUGAGUGCAUUGCUUACUGUGUGUGUUGGAGUUUAAGGUUCACUAAAAUUACACUUGUCCAUGAUUGUUCAUCUGACCAGUACACAGUGUAAAACUAGUCCUGUAACAAAUAACACUUGAAAGUGCACAAACAUUGCCAACUUGCAACCUAAACUAAAACCUAACUAACCUAAUAUAAGAUGAGUGUGGCUACUUCACAAUAAAAGAGAUUAAAAUCCAUGAAAAGUGGCCACAGGAAGUGUUGAUUUAUUUUAGCAAAACAACAACACUGCUCAUUUUUCUCAAUGACAAUUCUGUGAUACUGUUUGAUUUACUUUCGAAUCGUUUUUAGAAAGCUAUCGGGAAGCACUCACUUGGGCUUCCUUUAGAUAGAUAAGCAAAAUGUUGAUUUAUAAUGUCAUAUGGUUAAUAUCAGGUGCCCGACAAAGUAAAGUAUCUGCUGACCCUGCUCUCGCUGUAAUUUAUCCACUAGAGUUUGCAAAUCAGCUAUUACAUUACGAAGAGAGGCUCUCUGGAGAGCACUAUGUGCUUCAGGUUCAAUAGGAUGAUUUAUAGUUGAAAAAGUCAUUUUUUACUGCAGC